AUGGUCGCCCUCGCCACGCCCUCGCGCAACCCAGCGACGGGAAUUAGACAGCCUAGCCGCUCCAAGAUGCUAGCUACGUCUUCUCCUGUUCCCAUCUUGAAAACUGCUAAGGAAACUCCCACGGCCGGUAUCAAACAUAAAAUGGAGGAUAUGAGUCUUUCCCUGUCCCCCUCGUCUUCUGGUUCGUCCGACGGCGAGGGGCUCCCCAGCCCGAGGAAGCGGGCUCGGGUGCAGUUCAAGGAUGUUGAAAUGGUUUCGUUCGAUGAAAGGGUGCAAGGGAACACCGGGGCCCCGGAGAAGAGUGCGGCAGUGGUUCGCGAGGAGGUGCGCCGUGCUAUCCAACGGCAUAUCUCGGGCACCGACAGUGAAGCCUACGACCGCAUCAAGGAAAUCUUCUCGGUGGAUCCCCGGCGUGGGGAAGAGGAUGGCAUGUUUUCCUACGAUGUACCUACACACACGACUUUAAGAUAUCAUCUUCUGGGCCUUCUGUCAAAUGUGGCUUCCUUGGAUCGCAGCUGCAACGGGCUGGUCAACGCUGUUCUAAACAGUGUAUGGCUCGGGCGCGACGAGUCCUACGUUAAGUUGUAUAUUCGCUUCCUAGGUAAUCUUGCGGCCGCCCAGGGAAGCUAUCUGGGACCGGUGCUCAAAAUGCUCGUCACAUACCUAAGCGAGCUUCCCAAGGGUAUGGGCAAGCUGCCGGGCUAUGCUCCCGUUCUCGUGCCAGAGAUCUACACCCGGGUCCACAUGGCUCUUCGUCAUAUAGUGCAUUUGAUUCCAUCCGGGAGCGGGUCAUUAUCGCCCGUCUUGUCCAUGCAGUUUCCUUUUGAUACCGAUUCUCCAAAGGCCAACAUUGCGUACACGCAAAACCUCAUCAGAGUAAUUGGCUAUGCCCCAGAACUCCAGGCGGAUAUCCUUGCUCUCCUCACUGAAAAAAUCGUCAAGAUCGAUGUUCAGAUUCAGGUAGAUAUGGACGAUCUUGACGAUGAAGAGGAAGAGGAGGUUCUGCAUGCUGUCUCUCCCGGGGCCAUUAUCUUUGGUGAGGACGAUGACGAUGACAAUGCAUCGGUCGUGAGCGAUGACUCGAUAGACGCCGAGUCUCAGCGGAUUAAGACGAUAAAAGAUAAUGUUCUCAAGCUGGAUGGCAUGAUUGAUUCUCUGUUUGAAUACUAUGCGCCGACCUUCACCUCCGGUACUUUGGACGACAAGGAGAAUACGCUCGAUCUCCUACUUAGCCACUUUCAAAGCAUUAUCCUUCCUACUUAUCGCUCCCGCCAUUCCCAAUUCCUCCUCUUCCACUUCUCUCAGUCGUCCCCAGAUCUUGUUGACCGCUUUACCACGGCAUGCAUCGAGAUCGUUUUCAAUAAGCUGCAGCCAGCCAUCACACGUCAAUCUGCCGCUGCCUACCUCGCCAGCUUCGUUGCCCGAGGUGCACACAUCUCUGGUGAGAUUGUGCGAGAUGUUUUCGGUCUGCUAGGCGGACACUUGCGGGAUCUGCGCGACCUCUAUGAGCCUUCCUGCCGGGGUCCUGACCUCCGUCGCUAUGGCCCCUUCUACUCUACCGCACAGGCCCUACUCUACAUCUUCUGCUUCCGCUGGCGGGACCUGACUACUGCCGCGACGGAGGGCGAUAGCAUUGAGCAAGUAGACGAGCUUGAGAUAGAAGACAUCACCUUCCCGCCAAUGGUGAAGGAGGCCCUCCACCAGACCAUCUAUUCUAAGCUGAACCCGCUGAAGGUGUGCUCGCCCGCCAUUGUAUCAGAGUUCGCACGGAUGUCCCAGCACCUGAAUUUGAUGUACGUGUUCAGCAUUCUUGAAACGAAUAAGCGAAUCCGCAUGACAUCUUUCCGGAACCUGGCCGCCCUGGCAGACCCGCGGUUCAGCAUAGUCGAACGAGAGACUCGUGCCGGCGAUGAUCUCGGUUAUCAACUCGAUGCAUACUUCCCAUUUGACCCGUACCAGCUCCCCCGCAGCCGGCACUGGGUGGAAGCUGACUACAUCCACUGGCGCGGUAUCCCCGGUGAUGGCCAGGAUGAAUCCGAUAGUGAGGCUGAUGAUUUCGAAUCGGACGAUGAUCUCAGUGACGAAACGGGCACUGAUGAAGAGUAA